AUGUCUCGCCUCUUCGAACCUCUCCAAGUCGGCAAUGUAAAACUCCAACACCGCGUGGUCAUGGCGCCACUGACACGAUUCCGUGCCGACGACAACUACGUCCCCAUCCUGCCGAUCGUCAAAGAAUAUUACGAGCAACGAGCCUCUGUCCCGGGUACAUUGCUCAUCACCGAGGGGACAUUCAUCUCACCCCGCGCCGGCGGCUUCAAGAACGUCCCUGGGAUCUGGAACGCCGCACAAAUCAAGGCGUGGCGAGAAGUGACCGACGCCGUGCACGAGAAAGGCAGCUUCAUCUACUGUCAGCUGUGGGCUCUGGGACGAGCCGCGACGUCGGAAGUCCUCUCUGCCGACGGGUACAAAGUAGUGUCCAGCUCGAACCACGCAUUUCCAGACGGAGAAACGCCAGAACCGCUCGACGAGGAAGGGAUCCAAGGAUUCAUUGACGAUUUCACAAAUGCCGCAAAGAACGCCAUUGAGGCCGGUUUUGACGGUGUAGAGAUCCACGGUGCCAACGGCUACCUCCCCGACCAAUUCCUGCAAGACGUCAGCAACGACCGCACAGAUCGCUGGGGCGGCAGCAUCGAGAAUCGCUCUCGAUUUGGUCUCGAAGUCACCAAAGCCGUCACGGCCGCCAUCGGGCCCGAGAAGACGGGCUACAGAAUCAGCCCGUGGAGUCCUUUCCAGGGCAUGAAGAUGAAAGACCCAGUACCCCAGUUCAAACAUCACGUCACGAAACUCGCGGAGCUGGGUCUCGCGUACAUCCAUAUCGUGGAGUCGCGGAUCUCAGGGAACCAAACCAUCGAUGUCGUCUCGGAACAGGUCGAUCCGUUUCUCGAGGCGUGGACCGAGAAUAAAUCCGCCCACAGCGCGACCUUCUUGGCGGGUGGCUUCACGGCCAAGGGUGCGGAGGAUACGUUGCAGAGGUAUAAGUCGUACAAGAUUGCGAUUGUGUUUGGAAGACAUUUCAUAGCGAACCCCGAUCUGCCCAUGCGCAUCAAGAAGAAUAUCGCCUUCAAUGAUUAUGAUCGGGACACGUUUUACAGGCCAAAGUCUCCGACGGGAUAUAUCGAUUAUCCGUUCGCUCCAGCGGCUUAG